CUGACCAUUUUGAUCGAGACUGUGUUCCAAAUUUGCUAUUUGCUGCUGAUGAUUGUCGCUCAACAAAGAUGACCAAAUAUUAAUAAAUUAUAAUAAAACUUAUUGCAAUGCGUGUAGCGUGUUUAUUUUUGGAUGUUUUCAUUCACGCACGGGAUCAAGUAGAGGUGGAGGUUCGUUUAAGGAAAUUCGAAACAUUAUGCAAGGACCUAGAGAGUGUUGGACAAGAGUUGGAGGAUUCCGCUUCCACGGUGGAAGAAACAACGCAGAAUGCUUCAUUACGAGAGAAUUUCGAGGACAGAUUGAUUCAUGUCCAAUCUCAACUGCAGGCAAAGCUUGCUCCUACCGCGCACCCGAGCACUGGAUCGAACCCACUUAAGGGCAUCAAGCUGCCCACCAUCGCGCUGCCCGAAUUCACAGGCGACUAUAUGCAAUGGUUGACGUUCCGCGACACAUUUGAGUGCUUGAUUCAUAACAACGGCGAUCUACCAGCGAUACAAUAGUUCCAUUAUUUGCGCGUCGCAGUGAAAGAAGAAGCGGCUCAGGUGAUAGAAUCAAUCACCAUAAGCGCAGCUAAUUAUGCGUUAGCCUGGAACACUUUGGCGGAGCGAUACUAUAAUGAGUAUUUGCUGAAAAAACGCCAUUUGCAGGCAAUGUUUGCCAUUCCGGCUGCUCAAAAGGAGAGCGUUACAACACUGCACCAUCUUGUGGAUGAAUUUGAGAGGCACAAAAAAAUAUUGCAACACUUAGGAGAAGAAACGGACUCUUGGGGCAGUAUACCUGAGCACCUACUAUGCACUAAAUUGCCAAUUAUAACAUUGAAGAGCACGCAUC